CUAGGAACACCUCUGGACAGCUGGAUCCUGAGGAGCAGCUUCAGGGAUUUAUCCCCUAGCUCCUGCCGCCAUGAAAACCAUCAUAGCAGCCUGCUCCCAGAACCUCAGUGGCAGCCGGGCCAGCAUCCAGGCUGCCCUGAGGACGCUGCUGGCCGUGCCCUGGCCCUCGAAACGCGACAUCGCCUCUGCCCUCCAGCUGCUGGCCGUGCUGCAGUGGGUGCUCAGCUUCCUGCUGCUGGGAAUCGUCAGCCUCGUGCUCCUCAUCUACCUGCUGUUCACCAGCCUCUGGCUCAUCCCCGUGCUCUACCUGGCCUGGAUCAUCUUCGACUGGGACACGCCGGAGAAAGGUGGCAGGAGGCUGUCGUGCCUGCGGCGAUGGACCGUGUGGAAGCACUUUCGGGAUUAUUUCCCGGUGAAGCUGGUGAAGACCCACGACCUGUCCCCCAGCCACAACUACAUCAUCGGCUCGCACCCCCACGGCAUCCUCUGCGUCGGCGCCUUCUGCAACUUCAUCACGGGCUCCACGGGCUUCGAGGAGCUCUUCCCGGGCAUCCGCUCCUUCCUCACCACGCUGGCCGGAAAUUUCCGCCUGCCCGUGUUUCGGGAGUACCUGAUGAGUGGGGGGCUGUUCCCGGUGACCCGCCGCGCCAUCGGGUACCUGCUGUCGCAGAAGGGCACCGGCAACGCGGUGGCCAUCGUCAUCGGCGGCGCGGCCGAGUCGCUGUCCUGCCGGCCCGGAGUCACCACGCUCAUCCUCAGGAACCGCAAGGGCUUCGUGCGCAUGGCCCUGCGCCACGGGGCCUUCCUCGUGCCCUCCUUCUCCUUUGGGGAGAACGACCUCUUCCGCCAGGUGGUCUUUGAGGAGGGCUCCUGGAUGAGGAGCAUCCAGCGGCGCUUCCAGAAGAUGAUCGGCUUCGCUCCCUGCCUCUUCUACGGCCGCGGCCUCACCUCGUGCCGCUCCCGCGGCUUCCUGCCCUACGCCAGGCCCAUCACCACCGUGGUGGGGGAGCCGCUGGCGGUGCCCAAGGUGGAGAACCCGAGCCGGGAGCUGGUGGACCGGUACCACGAGCUCUACAUCCGCGCCCUGCUCAAGCUCUUCAACGAGAACAAGACCAAGUACGGGCUGUCCGAGUCAGACGAGCUGCACAUCCUCUGAGCGCCACCGGCACCGGCCCCCUCCUGGCUCAUCAGGGCUCUUGCAGGGGGAGUUUCAGCCAGCCUGGCAUGGGGACGUGCAGGGGACAGUCCCCACUCUGGCCUUCUGUUCCUCCAAACAGAAGGAGAGGGGGAAGCGAGGGGAGGAUUGGGAAAGGCUCCCCCUUGCAAGGGGUUUUGGGAGGGCUGUGGGUGACACAGCUGUUCCCUGCAGGGGGCUGGUGUGGGGCUGGGGCCAGCCAUGGGCACGGUCCCCUGGGAUAACCAGGUCACCACAAGCUGAGGGAGGGGUGUCAUGGGAGGAGGGAUUGACAUGGGGUUUGUGGGGUGGCAUCCUGAUCACCAGAGGGACCAGCCUGGGGCACAGCCCGCGCUGGGGUGGGGGGGGGACACUCCUGGACUUGGGGACCUGUGGAUGUGGCCUGAGCCAGGACCAUGUGGCCCCAGACGAGCCUUUCCUGCCAUCUCCGUGCCCAAUACAGAUUUUGAACCUCCCAGUGCCUGUCUGUGUGUGUUCCAGAGGUUGGGAUUGGCAGCACGGUGGCAGUACCCCUGCACUGCCCAUCUGAGUGCCCUUGCCACCCAGCAUGUCCCCUCCCUAGCAGUCCCACCUCCAGCUGGGGCAGUGUUUGGCAGGGCCCUUGCACCACUCAGGUGCAGCCAAGCAGCUCCCAGGUGCACCUGAGCCACGUUGGAUGUAAUGGGAGGUGAGGGGCAGCUCUUACUGGUUUAACUGGGCUCAGGAGGGAUGCCUCCUGCUCUCUCUGCUCUUGGUUCAGUGGUGAGUGAGGGUGUCUCUGGGUGGGAGAGGGGUGUGGGGCUGGGAUGGGCCAUUCCUGGGCCAUCUCCUUCCCCUGGGCAGCUCUUGUGGGAUGUGGCUCUGUGUGACUGGUGUGGUGGCUGGGUGUGACACUCCAGUGACACUCAGGCACCCCUUUCUUAGGCAUGUGCUGGAAGAACUUACAGGGACUGGUGGGGACAGGGACUCCUGGGCUUCUUGGAACGGGGACAGCCCUGUCCCUGUCCCAUUCCUGCCAGGCUGGCGUGGGAGAGUCAACAGCACUGAUACCAAUCUCAGCGCGCUGCUCUGCGCAGGCACUUGGUCAAACAAAGGGCUGGGUAAACAUUUGAGGAGCAAACACCCAUAAAGGGAAAUUCCCAAGAACCUUCCUGUCACCACAGCAGCUCCAGCUCAUCCCUGCAGACUGCCCCAGUGGAUUUUCUCUGGGGUGAGGAUGAUUGUCUUGUCCCUCUUCCUUAUGCUGCAGGGAGAAACAGGCCCGAGAGUAGAGAGGGGAAGGGGCUUUAUUGGGGGGCAAUAUAUGGGCAGCAAUUGCCCCAGGCCAUGUCCCUCCCCCUCUGCCAAGGCCAGCAGUGUCACAGGGACAUCUCUGAGAACCCGCCCAGUGUGGGCUCUGUCCCCAGGUUCAGUCUGGUCCCUGCAUGUCACCACUGAGUCACCUGGAAGAGCUGUGCCUGCCCAGGGAGGCACCAGCGUCCUUUCUCUUUAGUGACUCGUGUCCUUUCUCUUUAGUGACUCGUGUCCUUUCUC